AGGAGUUGGCGUCACGGCGACUAGGAGGGGCACCAGAUCAGCCCCUGGAGACCGACGCCACACCCAUCAGUGUGUUGCUGCACGCACUUUCACUCCGACUGCUGUUUGACUGAGCUGGUUACUGUGGCGAUGGCAGCUUCAAGGACUCCUCCGCCCAUGGACACCGCCCUCCAUCCCGACCCUGUGACCGAUCCAAUGAACGUUGAAGGUGUGACCAAGGACGACGGCAGCGUUGCAGCCUUGAUUGGAGGUGUCGUAGCGGCAACGCUGCUAAUCUUCGUCAGCGUGAUGGCCUUCCUGUGGUGGUGUCGGCCUGGACAGAAAGGCUCCUACACCACCAACGAGAUGGUGGAUAAGGACAAUGGAGAUAAUGACGAUGAUGAAGAGUCCGUUGGCUCUGAAACUGCACUCAAACACAAUGAGACUUUAGAGGUGGAAGAGGACGAGUAGAGGACUACAAUGUGAACUUUGGACGGAAAGUCGGUGACUGUUUUUUUUUAUGACGUCAUCAGUCUCCAAAAGUUACCUCCGAAAUUCCCAAAUCUGCCAAUUUGAUGAAUGCAAGAUCUCACAGCAGAAAUCUUCACUAUUGGCAAAAAUAAUUACCUUUCGUGAUUAAAUGUUUUCUCAUGGCA